CAUCUGUCUUUUGAAUCGCUUCUCCUUCGAGUUACUAAAGUGCUCUUCUUUAGAUUUCUGGAUUGGGUAUUGUAAGAUUUUCAGGUUUUAUUUUUCUGAUCCUGGGAAUUGAUGUGUUGACAGAAGCUAUUGAGAUAAAAGAUGAGCUCUACUCAGGCUAAUCUAUUCAGACCAUCCUUGUUCUGUGCAAGGACAACACAAACAAGACAUGUCUCUGGGGCACCUUUUAAGACGUCAUUACGCUUUGAUCCUCGACCAUUCCCCAAAUUAACUAUUCGGGCGUCUGCAUCAUCAUCGGUGUCUACUCGGUUUUUGCCUCUACAGAAUCAUGGAUGUCGGAAUCAGAAGCAAGGCCCUGUUGCGUGUUUACUUGGUGGGAAGGAUAAGUCUAACGGUAGCAGUGAGAUAUCAUCACCAUGGAAAGCUAUGAAGAAAGCAAUGGGGAGGAAAUCGGUUGAAGAUAUGUUGCAUGAGCAGAUACAAAAGAAUGACACUGGAGGCAUUCCUCCACAAGGAGGAGGAGGAGGAGGAGGAAAAGGAGACGGUAGAAAUGGUGGGAAUAAUGGGUCUGAAGGCUCAUCAGGAGAUGAUAAAGGUCUUGCUGAUGAAACUCUGCAAGUGGUAUUAGCAACCUUAGGCUUCAUCUUUCUGUACAUCUUCAUCAUCGACGGGGAGGAGUUGUUCCGUCUUGCAAGAGAUUACAUUAGGUACCUUAUAGGACGACCCAAGAGUGUUAGGCUGACCCGGGUUAUGGAAAGUUGGAGUAGAUUCUUCGAGAGUCUGUUGAGGAAAAGAGUGUACAACGAGUACUGGAUAGAUCAAACGAUCAUCAAGAAGUCUACCUGGUAUGAUAGCCCCAACAAAUACAGACGCUUCUUGAGGUCUUAUCUUGAUUCAAAUGAAGAUGGGUGAUUAUUUUUUCUUGGCUGAUUUAAGUAGUUUCUUUUAGACCCUGAACCAUGUUUUGAUUUUUGUUUUAGUUAACUUUCGCCAUUGUCACCCAAAGAAUCAGAUUAUUCGUAAAUAUUGAUGCUUGCAUAGAGUAUUGACUCUCAACGAUCGAUUA